CGUCUUCUGGCUCGGAAGACGAAGGCUCGGUGCAGGGUGACUCCCAGGGGACCCCCACCUCCAGCCAGGGCAGCAUCAACAUGGAGCACUGGAUCAGCCAGGCCAUCCACGGCUCCACCACCUCCACGACCUCUUCCUCUUCUACCCAAAGUGGGGGGAGCGGCGCCGCCCACAGGCUGGCCGACGUCAUGGCCCAGACGCACAUAGAAAAUCACUCUGCACCUCCUGACGUGACCACUUACACCUCAGAACACCCAAUACAAGUAGAAAGGCCGCAGGGCUCGACGACAUCGCGGACGGCACCCAAGUACGGCAACGCGGAGCUCAUGGAGACGGGCGAUGGGGUGCCCGUAAGUAGCCGGGUGUCGGCGAAAAUCCAACAGCUUGUCAACACCCUCAAGCGACCAAAGCGGCCGCCGUUACGGGAGUUCUUUGUCGAUGACUUUGAAGAACUGCUGGAAGUUCAACAACCAGAUCCGAACCAGCCCAAGCCAGAGGGAGCACAGAUGUUGGCCAUGCGCGGGGAGCAGCUGGGAGUGGUCACCAACUGGCCCCCGUCCCUGGAAGCCGCGUUGCAGCGAUGGGGGACCAUCUCCCCGAAGGCCCCGUGCUUGACCACGAUGGACACGAAUGGGAAGCCCCUGUACAUCCUCACUUACGGCAAACUGUGGACAAGAAGUAUGAAGGUUGCUUACAACAUUCUGCAUAAAUUAGGUACAAAGCAAGAGCCGAUGGUACGACCUGGAGACCGGGUGGCGCUGGUGUUCCCCAACAAUGACCCUGCUGCCUCGAUGGUGGCCUUCUACGGCUGCCUGCUGGCCGAAGUUGUCCCCGUGCCCAUUGAAGUCCCGCUCACGAGAAAGGACGCCGGAAGCCAGCAGAUUGGGUUCUUGCUCGGAAGCUGCGGAGUCACCGUGGCCUUGACGAGCGACGCUUGCCACAAAGGGCUGCCAAAAAGCCCGACGGGGGAGAUCCCGCAGUUCAAAGGUUGGCCAAAGCUGCUGUGGUUUGUCACCGAGUCAAAGCAUCUCUCCAAGCCCCCUCGAGAUUGGUUCCCACACAUCAAAGAUGCGAACAAUGACACCGCGUACAUCGAGUAUAAGACGUGCAAGGACGGGAGCGUGCUCGGGGUGACCGUGACCAGGAUCGCACUGCUGACCCACUGCCAGGCCCUCACCCAGGCGUGUGGCUACACAGAAGCGGAAACCAUAGUGAAUGUGCUGGAUUUCAAGAAGGACGUCGGGCUCUGGCAUGGAAUCCUGACCGUAAGUGCGACCCCGUGUGUGCUGGCUGGGCUGCAUGCCACGGCGGGAAUUAGGCUUCCAGCCAUCAUGUGUUCAGUGAAGCCGGAUGGCAUCCCUCAACUUUGUCGAACAGAUGAAAUCGGGGAGCUCUGUGUGUGUGCCAUUGCAACAGGCACGUCCUAUUACGGCCUCUCGGGCAUGACCAAGAACACCUUCGAGGUAUUUCCCGUGACGAGCUCGGGGGCCCCUGUCAGUGAGUACCCCUUCGUAAGGACAGGCCUGCUGGGCUUCGUCGGCCCUGGGGGGCUCGUCUUCGUGGUGGGCAAGAUGGACGGGCUCAUGGUGGUCAGUGGACGCAGACACAAUGCAGAUGAUAUCGUUGCCACGGCACUGGCCGUGGAGCCCAUGAAAUUCGUCUACAGAGGAAGGAUAGCCGUGUUCUCAGUGACCGUCCUGCAUGACGAGAGGAUCGUGAUUGUGGCCGAGCAGAGGCCGGACUCCACGGAGGAGGACAGCUUCCAGUGGAUGAGCAGGGUGCUCCAGGCGAUUGACAGCAUACAUCAAGUCGGGGUUUAUUGCCUAGCCUUGGUUCCAGCAAACACCCUCCCCAAAACCCCACUCGGUGGGAUCCACUUGUCAGAAACGAAGCAGCUCUUCCUGGAGGGCUCACUUCACCCCUGCAACGUCCUGAUGUGCCCCCAUACCUGUGUCACAAACUUGCCUAAACCUCGACAGAAGCAACCAGAAAUCGGCCCUGCCUCUGUGAUGGUGGGGAACCUGGUGUCUGGGAAGAGGAUCGCACAGGCCAGUGGCAGAGACCUGGGCCAGAUCGAAGACAAUGACCAAGCCCGCAAGUUCCUGUUCCUCUCGGAGGUCCUGCAGUGGAGGGCACAGACCACCCCCGACCACGUCCUGUACACGCUGCUCAACUGUAGGGGUACGAUAGCAAGCUCGCUAACGUGUGUGCAGCUGCAUAAACGUGCCGAGAAGAUCGCCGUGAUGCUCAUGGAGAGAGGACACCUGCAGGACGGGGACCACGUGGCUCUCGUCUACCCGCCAGGAAUAGACCUCAUCGCUGCGUUUUACGGCUGCCUGUACGCAGGCUGUGUGCCAAUAACCGUCCGCCCCCCACACCCACAGAACAUCGCAACAACGCUGCCGACCGUGAAGAUGAUCGUGGAGGUGAGUCGUUCUGCCUGCUUGAUGACAACACAGCUCAUCUGUAAGUUGUUACGGUCCAGGGAGGCAGCUGCGGCCGUAGACGUCAGGGCGUGGCCCCCCAUCCUGGACACAGAUGAUUUGCCAAAGAAGCGGCCCGCCCAGAUCUACAAACCUUCCAACCCAGACACGCUAGCUUAUCUCGACUUCAGCGUGUCCACGACCGGGAUGCUUGCUGGAGUGAAGAUGUCCCAUGCAGCCACUAGUGCCUUCUGCCGUUCCAUUAAGCUGCAGUGUGAGCUCUACCCUUCUCGAGAAGUGGCCAUCUGCUUGGACCCUUACUGUGGACUUGGGUUUGUCCUGUGGUGCCUCUGUAGGUAAGUAUC